UUGAAUAAUUACAUACAUACUGUGCCCUAACUGAUGUUGGUAAUCUUGAGUUAAGCGAAAAAAUAUUUUUACGGAUGACGUUUAUACGGCGAAAUUGGCGGAGAAACGUUGCGUUGCGGUUAUUAUUACGCGGCUGACGUGCUCGGAUUCUGCGUAUCAGAGGACGGAUUGUGCAAUGGAGAGCAUAUUCCACGAGAAGCAAGAGGGGUAUCUAUGCGCCCAGCAUUGCCUGAACGCGCUUCUACAGGGUCCCUACUUUAACGCCGUGGAUUUGGCAAAUUUUGGUCAUCAGAUGGACGAAGAGGAGAGAAUCCGGAUGGCCGAGUCGGGCGUCGACAGUGAAGAUUACAAAUUGUUUCUAGAGCAACCAUCAGGAAACAUGGACGACAGUGGAUACUUUUCAGUUCAAGUUAUUAGCAGUGCUUUGAAAGUUUGGGGUUUAGAACUGAUUCCAUAUAACAGCACGGAACCAACAGCUUUACUGGCACAGAAUGAUCCUUCACGGAUGAAAGCAUAUAUUUGUAACUAUAAAGGACAUUGGUUUACGAUAAGAAAGCUUGGAAGCCAGUGGUUCAAUUUAAAUUCAAUGCUCAGUGGGCCACAGCUUAUAUCGGACACUUAUCUCGCAAUGUAUCUAGCUCAAUUGUUGCAAGAAGGUUACUCUAUCUUUAUUGUUAUUGGUACACUUCCACAAUGCCCUGCCGAAGAUGUUCUUCUGAAGAAUCCUAUAGUUGCCACAAAAGGUAACUUAAACUCGGAAUCAAAUAAUACAGCCAAAGGUUAUCGUUUAGGUACCAAGGCAGAAGAUGAUAUCUUGAAAGCUGCACUUGCAAUGGGAGAGGUGAAGGUUCCGGAACCAUCCUGUACAACCAGAAGUGCAUCCUCACUUUCUCAUAAAUCCGAGCUAUCUACGGAUAAACUUCGCGAAAGGAUAAUUCCCAUAAGAGUGGAAGGUAGAAAAGAGGAAAGCGAAGAGGAAGAAGAAGAGGAGGAAGAUGAAAAUGUGCAAUUAGCAAGGGCUCUGCAGAUGAGCUUGCAAAAUGACGAGGAUGAUGUAGAUAAGAGCUUGAAGUUAAGAUUAGAUCUCCAUACUGACGAUAAAACGACGCAUUUAACAAACUCUACAGCAAAUGAUGCCGACGAAGAUGACGAGCUGAGACGAGCAUUGCAAUUGAGUCUCGAAUGCGUGACUGCCCCACCAACGCCGGAUCCUGAAGACGUCCGCUGGCGUCGGUUGAAUCACUUUGGUAUAUAUACGAGGACGCCAAACAGCGAGCCUUCGGCAAAAUUAAAUACUUAACAAUAAGCAUAAAUUUCUUACACAAAAUGUCUUACUAUUACUAAACAGAUGCAUUGUAAAUUAUAUGAUUGAGUAGCUGAAUUCAAAAAGU